AUGGAGGGCCGUAACUGGAAGAAAAAAAUGAAUGAAAGACAGUUGGAACGAAAGAGAGUCAUGGACCGGCUUGGUCAGAGAAGAGCACGACAGCAAGUCAAGCGCAAUGUCGCCCAGCUAGAAGAUAGGCUGGCCGCCGUUUUACGAGGCGACCACAACAGUCUGGUCCGCCAGCUGGUCCAGGAGAACGCCGCACUCUGGGCGACAGUUGAACGAUAUGAAUUGAAGCUGGAGUCUAUUCUUCUCUCAACCGAAGAAUGCCUCGAGGAGAACCGGAUGACGGGAAGAGGAGUCCACAGCUCAACUCGACUGUCCCUCCAAUGCCCACCACCUAGUCCUGGACCUCUCUGGACAAGGGGUGACCAAGUGCCAAAUUUAGAGCACCAGCGACACUUCGACCAUUCCAACCCCGAAGACUCCCUCCCCAUCCUCCACAGCACCAUGUUUCGGAGCGUUCCCAUCAAAUUCCGCGACAGCUCUCGACCGUGGGAAGUGGUCGUGGAUGACAUUGUCGAGUUUGUAACCAGCUGGAAGCUCCUCCACCACCCAAAAUCCGGAUUCGAGUUCAUCGUUAGUUGCUGUGCCUUGGAUUCCCGCAGUGACUCUCUCACAGCAGAGUCGAUCCGUGAGCUUGCCAAAGAGAAGUCGUUCUACGCCAAUCUUCUCGAAAGACUCGUUCCGGACGCACAGAAUGCCAGUGUUGCCGAAAAAGCCGACGCCAAAGACACGUCCGAAAUAGUUUCUGAGGUGGAGAUCCAACGCCGAGCCAUCGCCCUGUGUGCUUGCGAGAUCGUAACCCCGUGGAGAUCGAUCUUCAGAUCGGUUAUCGAAUGUAUCUCGAUUUUCUGGAAGGCCUACAAUUUCUUCAUGUUCCUCGCAUUUCCGACCCCCGAAAACCUCGCCAAGGUCCCAUCAUGGUUGUGGCCCACGAGAUCCCAACUCCAGAAAGAGCAUCCCCUCUUCAUUGACAUUCUCCUCUGGUAUAUACCGAUCUGGUUGCGUGCUCGGGAACAGAAGAUGCUGACGGAAGCCAAUAGGCCCGGCCUUCGCGAGAAGCUGUCGACUAGUUGGCACAUCUACAGCCCUAAGGAUCUCUCGGUCCACUUUGUACGGCAUUUCCAGGUCUACAAUUUUACCCACCACGGUCCAGGCUUACCCAUCAGUGUGAAGGAGGACCAGUCUGGGCUGAAACUCGAGGAGGGCUUGGAGACCACCAUCAAUAAUCUGAACAAUUGGAUCCUAAACUCGGCCUUUUUUGCCCAAUUUCCGGACCUGAUAUCCUGUGUCACUGAUUACCCAUCGGAGCACCUCUUUUCACUCCUCCGAGCUAAGGACUGGCGUCCGGGAGCACAAUAUGAUCCUGGUGUCGCAAUGAGCGCUGCGCAUUCGACGCCCUUUCCGCCUCAGGUCCCACCGGUGCCUGGGCUCGGACACUCGCCAUGGCUUUAUGGUCGGAGCGGGCGUUUUCAGAAUCCUGAAAUCAACCCUGCUGGAAACACAGAUCGGGAUUCAGGCACGUCGAACACUCAGGCUGUCGGAAGCGCGUCUAACGAGAAGGCUGUGAACGUGGAUUUCCAGAUCCGAGGACUUAACAACGACUUCAUGAGCGACAUGUUUCACGAAAGCGACCUGAACCUGGAUUAUUUCGACAGUUUCGCGCCUGACAAGUCCGCCCACCACAACUAA